AAAGCUAGGACGUCCCCCUUUGUACUGCAGAUCCCAAAGUUACUAGAGAGUAUACAUGAUUGUUGGUGUACUGACAUAGUUAGGCAAGCACUGCUUCGCUCAGUCGCCUAGGUUAACUGAACCUGACAAGGCAUUGCAAUACACUGAAGUGUACUAGAUUGUUCACGUUUUAACGGCUAAACGAACGUUACGCAGUUGACAUUAUCUGUUUAUCUUGUCACUUGGAUAGCUGAAACAAAACGGCAAACAUGGUUGCUAUGACAAAGAAAGUGAAGACCUUCGAAGUUAUCUUCAGCGACCCCAGCAAGGUGUUCUACUGCAGCGGGGACAAAGUCGCCGGCAGGAUCGUGGUGGAAGUGAACGAGAAUACCAGGGUUUCCUCAAUGAAAGUGGUCGGAGUUGGUUCCGCUAAAGUGGAGUACCCGAAGGGCAAACGGCGCUGCCGCGAAGAGAUGGAAUACCUUAAGUACGACGAAAUACUCCGACUGGACGACCAUCCCACUGACACUGAUGGAUCCGUCAUCCUGAGGCCUGGAAACAAGUACGAGUACACAUUCGGGUUCGAGCUGCCCCAGCAAGGUCAGCUGGUGUCCUCCUACAAGGGCAAGUUCGGCUUUGUCCAGUACUUCGUCAAGGCCUCCAUGGAGAGGCCAGCCCACCCUGUCAUGGAGUGCAAGAAGUUUUUCGAGGUGGAGGAGCCCCUGGACGUCAACACUCCCGACCUGAUGUCUCCCUCCAGUGGGAUGAAGGAGAAGAAGGUCACCUGCAUGUUCAUCCCCGACGGCCAGGUGUCCCUCAACGCCAAGAUCGACCGCAAGGGCUUCUGUGAGGGCGAGGAGAUCCUCAUCGACGCCCGCUUCGAGAACACCUGCUCCCGCAUUGUGGUGCCCAAGGCGGCCAUCGUGGCCAAGCACACCUACCAGGCCAACGGCCGCACCAAGCUCUUCCGGCAGAAGCUGUCCUCCGUUCGCGGGAACCACAUCAUCUCCGGCAUGGGCGACGCCUGGCAGGGGAAGACCAUCCGUGUGCCCAAGAUCAAACCCUCCAUCCUGGGCUGCAACAUCCUGCGUGUGGAGUAUGCGCUCAUGAUCUACGUGCACAUCCCCGGCAGUGACAAGCUGAUCCUGGAGCUGCCGCUGGUGAUCGGCUCGGGCACGUCCAGCGGCUUCAGCAGCCGCACCAGCAGCAUGAGCAGCCAGGACGGCAGCCAGGCCUCCAACAGCUGGGUGUCGCUGCAGAUGCCCUCGGCCCCGCCCAGCUACUGUGACAUCACGCGCGACUGCCGCCUGGAGUCGCCGCUCACGCCGCUGCUGGACGACUACGACGGCGGAGACAGCCCCAUCUUCAUGAACGCGCCGCCCCAGUUCCAGUUCCCCCCGCCGCCCGCCUACACCGAGGUUGACGAGGAGCCGAACGCCAACAGCGCUCGCAUGCUGCCCGUCUGCUGAGGACGGGAAGUUUCCAGAACUUUUUAAAGCCCUGCCGAAUUUGGGGCGCUUAAGAGAGGACGGACCCUGCGAAGGGUCACCGUGGAGGAGGAGGGCCGGCUGCGGAAGGGCUUGCGAGGGAACGCCGUCCGGGAGAAAGGACUUGUGGGAAGUUUAGCGGGACACGAGAGGGGGUUGGCGGGGGAACGCGGUCUGUCAAGAGAGAGACCCCCCCCCCCCCCCCCC